AUGGAUGAAGAACAAGGAUUAUGUGAAGAUGAUUUUAUUUUACCACCGGUAAAAUAUGAAUAUUUGGAUCACACAGCUGAUGUGCAAUUACAUGCAUGGGGUGAUACUUUAAAAGAAGCAUUUGAGCAAUGUGGAAUGGCUAUGUUUGGUUACAUGACGGAAUUGCCAUAUGUUGAAAUCAAGGAAAUUCAUACCAUUGAAGCAAAUGCUGAUGAUUUAAUGGGGCUUUUAUAUCACUUUCUUGAUGAAUUACUUUAUCUUUUUUCUGUUGAACCAUUUCUCAUAUGUAGGAAAUUAGAGAUAACAGAAUUUAAUACACAAGAAUUUAGAAUAGUUUCUAAGUGUUUUGGGGAGCCUUUCCAGAUUGGUAAACAUCCACAAGGGACAGAAGUUAAGGCUAUUACUUACUCUGCUAUGCAGAUCAUAGAUGAACCUAAGGAUAACAAAUAUGAAGUUUAUGUAAUUAUUGACAUU